GGAUUUAUUAUGUUAUAGAUGGACAGUGUGUAUUUUUAAUGUGACCUAUACUUUUUAUGUAAAAGAAGUUGUACUUUGAGGUUAUGUCCGACAGUUUUAACGCUGGCAGAACCUGUACGUAAAGUCCUGAUCCUGCGUGUCGUAGAGAAUAAAACGUGUGAUAGUAAGCUGAUCAGACAGCUGUAGAAUCCUUUACCCGCAUCUGGGCGCACUGGGACCAUCUUCCCAGGCUAGCUAGGCACACCAUCCACAGAAUGAGGGAGGAUAAAAGAGAUUGGAAAUUUUGUGUAAGAGUGGAUACUCAUCUGCAGGAGUCAGUGUUUGUGGUGGGAAGUUGCCCUGACCUAGGGAACUGGAGCAAUGUUAGUGCUGUGCAGCUUACCAAUGAAAUUGCACCAAACAGUGAAUGGGAAGGCGUAUGGUCAGUGGUUAUCAGUAUUCCAAGAGAUUGUGAGGUCAAGUUCCGUUACUUUGUGGGCAUAGCGUUUGAACCAGAUGGAGAGAAAUUAUCUUCAAGACAGGUGAUUGUCCGACGUUGGGAAACCAACUUAAAUCCUCGCCUUAUACAUAAGGAAGUUGAUUCAAAUAUUCAUCAAGAUGUGGAACCAGACAUUUUUGGUCUGUACGACAGUGGCAAGAUGAUAGAUCGAGGCUGGCUUACUACAGAAACAGUGGUUCAGUUCAAGCUGUUUGAGAAUCCUAUACAGUUAUGGAAGCGCAAAUAUGAAGGAAGAAAGGUUCAUAUAAAGCUUACACCUCUGGUGCUGUCAAAGAGAAAGACAUUGGUACAGGAUAUGUCAGUGGCAGACAUCUUUGAUGAGAGUAUGGAUACUCAGGAUGUUGCAGAGGAGCAAGACAGAUGGCCAAUUGCAGAGAUUGCUGUGAUGAAUGAGAAUGAAUGGGAAUUCCAUCUGCAGGAGCAGUUUGGACGAGCUUACAACCCUGAUGACUGUAUAAUCUUCAGUGUGACCAUGCAUUUUUCUGAAUCUGUGGCAUACAUGGUGGAUUACUAUGUAUAUAGUUCACGAGCAGUGGAGAAUGACCCUCCGUGCCACAUUGGGUCCAGUUAUAUCUUGCCCAGCAUGAUGACUUCCAGUGAGGGACAGGCUAUUGUUCCUAUCACCAGCAGCAGUCAUCGUCCUAUUGGUCAACUGCGAUUUGACUACUUGGUGGUGCACCCCAUCAGUGGAUAUGAGUGUGAUAUGAGUGUGUCGUAUAGCCGCAUAUGGAAGAAGACAUGGCAUGGGCUGGAUGUUGGACAUCGUGGUCUUGGAACAUCGUUUAAGCUUGAAGUUUCAGAGUGUGCUGAUGUCCGUGAAAAUACUAUAGCAUCACUGAAGGAUGCAGGAUCAGCAGGGGCUGAUCUUGUGGAAUUUGAUGUUCAGCUAUCGAAGGACCUGGUACCAGUCUUGUAUCACGACUUUCAUGUGUGCAUUGCGAUGAAACGCAAAAAGCAGUUGGCAGAACAUGACAUGCUGGAGUUACCAGUGAAAGAUCUUACAUUGGAACAAUUACAGCAUCUAAAGGAUGGUACAUAUGAGCUGAACCACCCAUUUGACCUGAACAUUUAUCUGGAUACCGUCCUUAAAGUGGUUCUCGAUUCUGCAGGGAGCCGUAAGAUCGUCUUCUCAUGCUUUCAUCCAGACAUCUGCACCAUGCUUCGACUUAAGCAGAACAAGUAUCCCGUCUUCUUCCUGACUCAAGGAGUGACAAAAAAAUAUCCUCCUUACAGGGACCCUCGGACACAAAGUAUACCAAUGGCUGUGAAUUAUGCUAAUAGUGCUGGAAUACUGGGUAUUAAUGCUCAUACAGAGGACAUUCUGCGUGACUCGACCCAAGUGAAAUUGGUGAUGGAUGCAGGACUUGUCCUCUUCUGUUGGGGCGAUGAUAAUAACAGUCCUUCCACAAUCAAGUACCUUAAACAUCUUGGCAUUCACGGUGUUAUUUAUGACAAGAUUGACAAAUAUAGCUCCAAGGAAGUUAAGGAGAGUAUAUUUCUGGCUGAAGCGAGGGAGAUGCAAAAUCACCUGCUUAAAGCAGCAGAGGAAGUACAGGAUCCUCCUCAGACACUUGUUUCUCCCAUACCGGUGCUUCCAACUGAGGCAUUUGAAUUUAAUGAUGUGGAAAAUGCUCAAAAGAAUCUGUCCAGUACCACAUUAGCUUCAUUAUUGUCCUCAUGACCUAUCAGCUCACUUACUAAUGCAUUGCUUAAUCGCACUCAGAUUUCCACUGGGGGAGGAAAUACAAAGGCAAGUUGAUGUUGACGCGCGUUACCUGUUUCGCAUUCAGAGUAAGAUAUUCUGUAUAAAGCAAAAUUAGGAACUUUUGAAUUCAAGUUAUAAGUAUUCAAGCCAAAUAUAUAUAAAACAAGAAGUAAAUACAAAUUUACACACCGCUAUUAUAAUGACGAUCAGGAUAUAUACGUAAAAAAUACAUAUUUUGAUUGCAAUUUUUGGAUAGUUUUGAGUCAUUUGUAUUGCGGAGGUAUUAUGUUUGAAAGUACUCACAUCUGUUGUUUUAAAUAAUAAAUUGCAUAGUGUUGCCCUUUCAAAUUUAAUAAAAUAUAUUGUACUUUACAUUGUUUAAUCAUAAGGUAUAGAAAAUAACUGUGUUGAUCACACGAUUCCCAAAUUAAAGACAGUCUUAUAUUUUUAUAUCAGCAUAUGUAAGACGACAGCUGUCAAACGUUUGUGCAUAAUGUGUGUUCAUGCACUAACCAUGCACCUGAAUUCAUCUUCCAGUAAGGAAAUGGUUAUUCUUACGAGAUACGACACAGCUCGUUCACAUAUUUUUGUGUACUUGCUUAUGUCUCUUAAUUUUCUCUAUCAUGUCUAAACAGUGUCAUUUCUGAAAUAUAAGCAUUUUAACAAGUUCAGUCUCUAGACGCUGCGAUAGAUUAAUUUUAAUAUAUAGCAUUUUGUUAAAUGUCAGCCAUAAUCUUUUCAGCACUUUUGACUGUAAGUACAAAGUAGUGGUAAAUUUUUAAGGUUAUGUUAGGUUAUAUUGUAAGUUUAAUGAUAUCAUAUAUAAAAUAGGGAUUGCUAGCAAUAUGCAUGCAGGCAGCAAGGUGACCAGAAGUGCUUUUGAGUGGCCACUAGAACUUAUGUGUAAGUCGACAGCUCAGUAAGUGCUUAUGUCUUAUGGUUUCCUAUAUUUAGGUUAGGGUUGAAAUAUGGAAAAAUGCUCACUUAGCACAGGCUUAUUAAUGGGCCUUUAAUCAUAAAUAAUUGUUUUUAAAUUUGUGGUGGGGGGGGGGGUUAAAGCACAUAGUGUCUGUUUUGAAUUGAAUUUUACUUUUGGUUCCCCCCCAAAAAAUUGCAACUCUGAUAUUUUAUAUGAAAAUAGUGCAUCUAUGGUUUAUCCCUUGCAUAGAUGAUAAACAGGAAGUUGACAGUUGUCAGUAUUAUGAAAGUAAAACAUCCAUUUCCUGUUUGCUAUUGCAUUAUUUAAAAUUGUUUGUCAAGUAUAUUGUUUGAAUUUUCUGAUGAUGGUGUGACUUUAACAUGGAAUAGGAGUCUUAAAAAUUAUUUUGUAUUAUUUUAUUAUGGUGGACAGGGUCGUGAAUGUUUUAUUUCUGGUAAAUAUUUGUUGUGUUGUGACAGUAUUCAUGUAAGAAUGACUUUACAAUAAAAGUAUAUAAUGUGAUAUUAGAAA